AUGCAAUGUGAGCUCGAGUCGCUGGAUGAAGCUUCCAUAGAACAGCAGCUGAAGCAAAGAACGGACAUCGAAUCACACUACUAUCGAGUGAAAGGAUUCUUGCUCUCCGUGAAUAAAAUGCCAUCCACACCGUGCGCACCAUCGUCAAGUUCAUCAAACGCUCUGAUCCCUUCGUCGACAUCGCACUUGCGGUUGCCGGACGUUAAACUCCCCAUGUUCAGUGGAAACCUAGAAAGCUGGCUCAACUUUCACGAUCUAUACCUUUCGCUAGUCCACUCGUCUCAAGAUCUGUCGAAUAUUCAGAAAUUCUAUUACCUCCGAUCGUCUCUUUCUUGUGAUGCUCUUAAGUUGAUCCAGACCAUACCACUUAGUGCCAAUAAUUAUCCCGUUGCCUGGAAUCUGCUGGAGGAGCAUUUUCAGAACCCUGCUAGAGUGAAAAAACCGUAUGUAGAUGCUCUGUUCGAGUUCCCGUCAAUUAAGCGCGAAUCGGCGGUCGAGCUGCACUCGUUGGUUGAAAAGUUCGAGGCAAACGUGAAGAUUCUACAGCAACUGGGGGAGAAGACGGAGUUUUGGGACAUUCUAUUGGUUCGCAUGCUUAGCACAUGCCUCGACCACACAACCAGGAGAGAUUGGGAAGAGCACUCGUCCACUCUUGAUGCGGUUUCGUUUCGCGAUUUGACUGCUUUUAUUCAGAGGAGAGUAACAGUGCUUCAAAAUAUGAAUGGUAAAUUGUCUGAGGUCCCACCGCCCGCGGUAAUCAAGAAGCAGCUUAACCAACGUCCACUCGCUAGCCAUGGGGCUAGUCAGUUCAGCGCCAGGAAGUGCAUCAUUUGUUCCGAUCAGCAUCCCCUAUAUCUAUGUACAGCGUUUUCAAAAUUGAGUGCCGAAGAAAAGGAGAAAGAAGUUCGUCGGCAUCAGCUAUGCCGGAAUUGCCUGCGCAAGGGUCACAUGUGCAGGGAUUGUCCAUCUACCAGUACCUGCCGAAAAUGUAGAGGCCGACAUCAUACACAACUAUGUACCAACGAUACACCAAAUUGCCCGAAGAUAUCUGAUCCUCCCAGUUCGAAAUCGUCAAAUGAGCCACCUACCGUAUCUGUACCAGCCAGCGAGAUGAAACCCAAAAGUUACGCUUCUGCUGGACGAACGUGUGUGCUACUAGCCACUGCAGCAGUCAUUGUAAUUGAUGACGCCGGAACACAUCACGUGGCCAGAGCUCUGCUUGACUCAGGUAGCGAGUGCUGCUUUGCUACUGAAUCGUUUGCUCAACUUAUCAAAGCGCAGCGCAAGAAAAUUUCCGUUCCGAUUGCUGGCAUCGGCCAGUCUGCAACGCAAGCACGGUACAUGUUUUCAUCAACAGUGCGAUCCAGACUCAGCGAUUACUCCACCACUGCCGAUUUUCUUGUGCUACCCAAGGUCACCGUUGAUCUACCUUCCACGUCAGUAGAUAUUUCGCAUUGGAAAAUCCCAUCUGGCGUGCACCUAGCCGAUCCUUCUUUCUGUACAACAAAUCCGAUCGAUCUUAUUCUCGGUGCAGAAUUAUUCUUCGACUUAUUCAGAGUUUCCGGUCGAAUUACACUCGGAGACAACCUACCUGUUUUAGUAAAUUCUGUCUUUGGUUGGGUAGUGUCGGGUAGGGCCAAUUGCUGCUCGGCAUUAACUCCAAUAACCGCUAACGUUGCUUCAGUCACCGAUUUGCACCAGCUCAUGGAAAAUUUCUGGGUUAUCGAAGAAGGAGAUUCGUCCCACUGCUACUCGGUGGAAGAAUCCACCUGUGAAGACUAUUUCCGACGGACAGUUACUCGCUCACCAGAAGGACCAUUCAAGAAGGCUGCACUCGCUAUUCUAGGCGACAACCGUCGCACCGCUAUUCGUCGCUUCCGACUGCUUCCGCUUGCAUCGAGAUCGCAACCUGGCUCAACAAUACUGUAG